UGUGACUACGGGAAAGCCACUCAAAAAUGUCUGAGAAUAUUUAUGGAAAUAUAAACAAUGAUGGAUAAUGGGAUGUGGACAGAUGCACCGAGGGACACCAAACACCUCAACGCACAGGUUGUUACUCAGUGAAGCUCAGAAGCUCCAGAGCAGCUGCAGUGUGUUUGUCGCUGGUGUGUGUUCUUCUUAUGAUCGCAGUCAUAGCGUUGUGUGUCUGCAUUCAUACAAAGAACACAAACUGCACAGAAGAGUCACACCAGCUAUUAAUCAACCUCACAGAAGAGAGAGACCUGCUUCUAACAAAGUACAUAAACAUGAUGAAUGAAACGACUGAAUUAUUAAUCAAGAACGACAACCUGACUAAACAAAGAGACCAGUUUAAUCAAGAGAGAGAUCAACUGCAGAAGUUUCUCACUGAAACAGAAGCAUGGUUUCACUCUGACUUCGGCUUUUACUUCAUUUCUUCACUGAAGAAGAGCUGGAACGAGUGCAGAAGAUACUGUACAGAGAGAAAAGCGGAUCUGAUCACCAUAAAGAACAAAGAGAAACAAGAUUUUGUCAAAAACAAUACUGGUGAAAGACAAUUAUGGAUUGGUGUGACUGACGAAGAGAAAGAGGGCAUAUGGAAAUGGGUUGAUGGCACCAGCGUGAUCUCUGGGUGAGAAGUCACUGAACUGAUU